UAUUUUUGUUUCAUAAAAUUUCAGAAAAUUAACACGUAAUGGCAUCUAAAGAUGUGUACAAAGUAGGCGACCUGUUUCAAUCGGCCACAUACGGGGACUUGGACACACUAACUAAAGCAAUAGAGAGCGGUGUCUCCGUGGAAUCUGUAACCGUUGGUGGGUCAUCCGUCCUCCAUUUUGCUGCCUAUGGAGGUCAGACUAAAAUUAUCUCUCAUCUUCUGACGAAAUAUCCCGAAUGUAUACCCAAAGGUCACGACCUUGACAUGCAGGGGUACAAUGCGUUACACAAUUGUUGCGCAUUUUCUGGGAGCAUUCGUGUGUUUCAACAGCUCGUGCGGGCUGGGUUUGACAAAACGGCGAAAACGUCAGAGGGUCUAACAGCGCUGGAGUUGGCAGAGGAGUGCGAGAAAAAUGAUUUAGUUGAGUACAUCCGGGCAUCAGAAAAUGAUGAUUUUAUUGGUCAAGCUGGGGUCGCAGUAGAAGAAGAGCAAUACGACACCGGGCUAUCUCUUUCAUUUGGUGAGGUCGAUGAUGUAGAUGACGAGGGAAAGAGAAAGUAUACCAUAGUAGAUUUACUGUCUAGUGCCGAGAAAGGAGACGUGGAGGAACUAGACACCAUAGUCAGACAUGGUAUUCCUGUAGAUUCUACCACCACGAGUGGCUCGUCCGUAUUGCACUUUGCCGCACGUAACGGACAAUCUGAAAUGAUACGUCAUCUUAUAGAGAAGUAUCCCGCGUGCCAUGUCAAAGGUCAGUUUCUCGACCCGGCAGGAUAUAAUGCGCUACACCAUGCCGCUCGAUCGGGUAAGAUUGAGAUGUUUGAUAAGUUACUUGAGACUGGGGUCGACCUGAGGGCAAGAACAGCAGACGGAAGGAGCGUCCUCGACUUGGCAGGAGAGGCCAAACAGACAGACAUGGUCCGCCAUCUUGCGAGAAAUGACCAACUUGAUUCUUCAUACAUACAAGUUUCUAUGAUGGAGUCUGGAUACUUUAGUGAGCCCGGAAGUUCUGUACCUGCUGACAAACCUCAUGACAGCUCUCCGUCGGAAUCUGGGAUGAGUGAUGCGGCCGACAAAUAUACACCUGAAGGCGACGAGACGCCACAUAGUAGAGACUUAACGCUCACACACACACAGGAAGAUUCUUACGACGUAGUCCAUCAAAAGACACCGGAAGUCAUUCACAGGAACUGGAUCGGUCUGCAUCGAUCUGCAGCAGAGGGGAAGUCUUAUGAUGUGCUGCGCAUGAUUGAAAAUGGAGCAAACACAAUGAAGAAAAUAAAUAGCGCAUUCUUCCCCGACAUUCAUCUGAAACCAAAACAAUUGCUUACUCCAUUGGAGGUAGCUUUCUUUUCAGGAAAAGAAGAAAUGACGUCACUUCUGAUCCGAUAUACUGAUGACGACAUUGUUAGGCGGUGUCUUUCAAUGUGUGAAAAUGGGCACGUAACUUUAAAGCCAUAUAUCGUCAAGGGGAUGCUUGAAAAGCAAUAUAAAGAUAAAUUCAUCGAGGUCGUGUUUGGAGAAUACAAGCCAAAGAAACAGAAAAUGUUUGUAAUAUACACGGACGUCAUCGCACAUGGCAGUGAAACAAACAAGGCCGGUUACCCGGUACAGUUCCGAAAUCCAUCUGUCUCCAGCGACGAGAGUCGAAAAGCGUUAUAUCACUGCCAACAGAACAACUACAUCUUGUCAGAAGAUGACAGAAUAUUAGUAGCCAGAGCGAUCAAACAACACAGCGACAAACUCUGGAAAAAUCAUUCAAAUUUGCGAGGCAUUUUGUCAUCGCCGGUAAAAUCCGUCGGAGGCUCAUUCAAGAAACAAACAUGUUUGGUUAUUUUAUGCCACUUCAAGGGGUUCGUUCCCGACAAGGAGCCGGCAUUUCCGCCGGAACUAAAGGUCGGGAAUGACACACUUCCUGUAGAUGUUAGAGAGGGACAUGUUGUCCUACAUCACGUACAGAGUCCUAACGCUCUACAUCAACCCCUCAGUUUUGGAUGCAACAUCGGAACUGCGGACGACCCAACGUUGAGGUUCGGAAGCAUUGGUCCGUUUGUAGAACUGCAAGAUGGCAAGAUUGGUUUCAUCACGUGUGCACACGUCGUUAAUGGCCCCGUGACUUAUGUUGAGGACAGUGUACCUGAUAUACCUGUCCUGCAACCGAGCACUGGGAACACAGGGUAUCCGGAGGAUGACCGGAUAUGUGGUGAAGUAGUUUAUCUGAAGUACAGCCUGAAUGAAGCUACGUCCAUAGAUAUCGCUAUUGUUGAGAUCACGGUUCCAGCGAGGGCGCCACUGUCACCGGGGUUUGCUGCAUUUAGUCAGGGACAACUCUCUGAACAAGGAAUUCCAGAGAACCAACCAAUAUUCGACCAUGGCGAAUAUGGUGAACCUAUUGUAGGGGAAAAGAUUAUCAAGUUCGGGAGUGCAUCCGGUGUGACCUAUGGCACUUACCGAGGCAUCGAAACCGCAGAAUUCAAUUCCAGGAUAUACGGAAGAGUUUCAGAGACAGAGCGUUGGAGAGGAAUUUACUAUAUAGAGAAUCGACAGUGCUCGGAGGAUGAUUGUCAUCUACCGCCAUUUUCGACUCAUGGUGAUUCGGGCGCAGGAGUGUUCCAGAUAAGGGACAACUCUCUCAUCUGUGUCGGGAUCUUGGUGGGAGCAGACGAAGCCACUGGAUCCGGAAUUGUGAUCCCGAUCAAACCAGUGUUAGAAACAUCUGGGUGCAAUUUAAAGGUAUUCCGACCGCGAACAUAACUCUGAUUUCAAAAUUUCAAUAAGGAUGCAAAAAAUGGAAAUUUAUCCUGAUACAAGUAAUAUUAUCAUUUAAUGCAAGAAAAUGUUCCAGUGUGCAGCUAAAUGGGAAAAUAGACCCAAUCGUAAUGUUAUGUAUAUAUUUAAAUAAGAUUUAGGAUUUUGUAUAAUUCACCUCGAGGUAUGGACUAAUUUUAUUGUACAAGGAGAGACAGGGCGAAUUAUUUUGUAUCAAAUAUAACCACGUAUCAUCUGUGAAUAGCCGCGUUAUAAACGUGUACUUGGAGGCGUGGUCGAUCUCUAAGGAGCUGUUAACCUCGUUGUUUGAAUUCUACAUGUAUAUAUGCCUAUUGUAUAGUUAAUUAGAUACAUAUUGUAUAUACGAUUAAUAAGGAGCAUAUUGUAUAAAUAAUAAAUUAGGGGCUUAUUGUGUAUAAUAUAGAUAAGGUGCUUAAUGUAUAUACAAUUGUAUAAUAUAUUAGGGGCUUAUUGUGUAUAUAUUGUAGUGAUGAAUGGCAUAUAUAGCAAUUAUAUGUCCUUUUAUAUACAUAGUAAUUUAGUGGCGCAUUCUGUUUGAAGUAAUACUAUAUAGUAUUUCAUAUAUAUACUUAUUAAAUAGUUUACCAAAAUAGCAAAGAAAUAAACAUACAUAUAUAAUUUUUUUAAAAAGGAAAAAACACACCAUCAUGUACAGAUUUAUAUUUUGUUGUAUCACACCAUCAUUUUACACAUACGCAUUCAUCACACCCAUACAUAUCGCACGCAUGGGGGCGUCCUUAAAUGACCUUAGCUGUUAAUAGGACGUUAAACAAAUAAAACCAAACCAAAUCACACCAUCAUUUACCUGCCAAUCGUAUUUGACUAUUAUAAUCAUUUAAUUAACUCAAAUAUUUUACACAAAUAAUGUAAUGCUUCUUUUUUAUACAAGCCAGUCCUCGAUUCAAACAGACACGGAAAAGCAGUAAGAAUAUAUCAAUAUUGCCAGACCAGAACACAGGGAACGAAACAAGACUGUGUUACAGAUAUAUGAAAGUAUUCCUUUGUUAAACCCCUGAACCAGGAUGUG